CAGAGCCCGCCCCUCGCUGCGAUUGGCCGGCUGUGCCGUCAGUCGUGGUUGUGGCGCGCUGAUUGGUGAGAGCGGGGCGAAGCACGGCCCCGCUGGCGGCCUGAGGGCGGCCCUGGCUGGGCAGCGGCGCCAUUGGCGGAGCGUCUGUGCGGGCCCGGGAGCGGCGGCGGCGGCCGGAGGCCGGGGAGGCGGCAUUGGCGGAGCUGGGAGGCGGCCCCGGCGCAGGGCACCUCAUGUGUGGAUCCCGAGCAGCUCCUCCUUCGGGAACAGCGUGAGCCUGGCGGAGCCUGCCGAGAAAUACCUGGAAGUGGAGCAGAUUGGCCAAGGCUUCCUUAUUGAUGGAGAUCUCUGGCUGGUGAUGGAAUACAUGGAUGGAGGAACUUUGCAGGACGUUGUCACACAGACAUGCAUGGCUGAAGGAGAGAUGGCAGCUGUCAGUUGGGAGUGUCUGCAGGGCCUGGAUUUCCUCCAUGCGAACAGGGUGAUCCACAGAGAUCUGAAGAGCUCCAACAUCCUCCUGGGAAUGGACGGCUCUGUCAAGCUGGCUGAUUUUGGCCUCUGCGCUCAGCUCAGCCCUGAGCAGGACCAGCGCAGCUCCAUGGUGGGCACUGCUCACUGGAUGGCCCCAGAAGUUGUCACCAGUUCUCCUUAUAGCCCCAAGGUGGACAUCUGGUCCUUUGGCAUUGUGACCAUCGAGAUGGUGGAAGGAAAACCUCCUUACUUCAAGGAAACGAGGGCCAUGGCUCGUGCUCUGAUCCGUCAGAACGGGACCCCGCAGCUACAGGAGCCCCGGCGCCUGUCGGCUCUGCUGCGGGACUUCCUUGAGUGCAGCCUGGAGCCGGACGAGGAGCGGCGCUGGUCUGCCCAGGAGCUGCUGCAGCUGAAUGCCAAGCGGCUGCAGGGGAAGCAGCAGCGCCUGGGAGGGGUUUUCUUGUGGGGCCCCCUCUGAGAGUCUCCAGUCUUGCUGCUUUCCACACGCAAAGCAAGCAGAAUCCUCGCCUGGUUUGACUUGGCAGGGUCCUUUCCAGGGCAUCUGCACCUGGUGCCCCACAACGAGCAGGGCCAUCUUCAGGCAGGUCAGGUGGC